CCCCUUCCGGCACGCGGCGCGGGGCACUUCCGCGCCGGCGGCCAAGAUGGCGGCGCCCAGGGCGCUGGCGGCGGCGCGGAGGGCGGUGGCGGCGGCGGCGCGCGGGUGCCGCGCGGCGGGGACCGGAGCCGGGACCGGGACGGAGAGCGGAGCCGGAGCAGGGGGCGGGGCCGGGGGCGGGGCGGGGCCGGCGGGGCGGAGCCGGCUGUACGAGCACGUGCGCGAGGGCAUCAUCGGGCGGCCGCAGCUGGACCUGGCGGCGCUGGCGGCGCGCGCCGAGGAGGCCGCGCGGGACCUGGAGCAGCGCAAGGGCCCGCUGGGGCCGGGCGACCUGCGUGACGUCCUGGACACCUGGGCCCGCCUGGGGGAGGCGGAGGAGGCCAUCGCCCGCCUGGAGGCCGAGAAGGAGCAGGUGGCCCUGCGCGUCAAGGAGCUGCUGGCAGCCCACGCCAAGGAGUCAGCGGAGGCGCACCCGCUGUGCCGGCAGCUGCCCGAGGUCGCGGCGUUGCGGGCGCGGGGCCGGCGGCUGCGGCUGCGCCUGCGCGAGUUGCUGCCCGCCGCCGCCGCCCUCGAGCGUCGCCUCUUCCUCGCCGCCCUGCGCCUGCCCAACCGGAGCCACCCGGCCGCGCCCCUCGGCGACCAGAGCCAGGCCCGCGUGCUGGAGGUGGUGGGAGAGAAGCCGGAGUUCGACUUCAAGCCCAAGGGGCACCUGGAGCUCGGCGAGGGGCUGGACAUCAUCCGCCAGCGGCGCCUCUCGGCCGUGUCCGGGCACCGCUCGUACUACCUGCGCGGGGCCGGGGCGCUGCUGCAGCACGCCCUCGUGCACUUCGCCCUCCGCAAGCUGCUGCAGAAGGGCUUCGUCGCCAUGACCGUCCCCGACCUGCUGCGCGGCGCCGUGUUUGAAGGCUGCGGCAUGCAGCCCGACGCCUCCCCCUCGCCCGUCUACAACAUCGACCCGGCCCGGUUCGAAGACCUGUGCCUGGCCGGCACCGCCGAGGUGGGCAUCGCAGGCUACUUCAUGGACCACGCCGUGCGCCUGGAGGACAUGCCCGUCAGGAUCGUCUGCUCCAGCACCUGCUACCGCACCGAGACGGACACGGGCCGCGAGCCCUGGGGGCUCUACCGCGUCCACCAGUUCACCAAGGUGGAGAUGUUCGGCGUGACGGCGGCCGAGAGCGGGACCGAGAGCGACGCGCUGCUGGCCGAGUUCCUCGCCCUGCAGAAGGAGAUGUUCUCCGAGCUGGGGCUGCACUACCGCGUCCUCGACAUGCCCACGCAGGAGCUGGGGCUUCCCGCCUACCGCAAGUUCGACAUCGAGGCCUGGAUGCCCGGACGGGGCAAGUUCGGCGAGAUCUCCAGCGCCUCCAACUGCACCGACUUCCAGAGCCGCCGCCUGAACAUCAUGUACAGCGACGGGGCCGGGCGGCUGCGGCACGCGCACACGGUGAACGGCACGGCCUGCGCCGUCCCCCGGAUGCUCAUCGCCCUGCUCGAGUGCAACCAGCUGCCGGACGGCCGCGUCCGCGUGCCCCCGGCCCUGCAGCCCCUGGUGGGCAGCGCGGUGCUGGCCCGGCCCCCCGCCCCGCUGCUGCGCUACGUGGGGCCCAACCAGCCCGGGGGCCCCCGCGACGACGCCCUCUGAGCCCCCCCCGUGUGGCCCCCCCGCCGCCGAGGGGACAUAGGGACGCCGAGGGGACGCGGGGACACCGGAGGGGGGGGACACGGCCACUCUGGAUCCGGCCUGUACGCUGCUAACGAGCCCCUGCAAUAAACACUGCCUCCGUUGUCCCCCC